CUAAAUCCUCUUGGAGUUCUUAUCAGCUGUCGUUUGAAUGCUGAUCUAAAAACACCAUGAUUGACCAUCGGCAGGUUGUAUGUACAUGAGUCACAUCCACUCACCGCAUCACGCUACCGGACAUGGAAAUUCGCGAGUCGCGCUAGCGCCGCAGUCCGCUACAGGGCGUGGACCCCACCUGUGAUAAAUAAGUAUGGCUUGGUAAGAAAAAAGCACUGCCGACAUGUUGAUUUCUGAUCUCUUCAACCUCAAUUUUUUGCAUAGCGAGCAUAUUUAGCAAGAGCUGGGAAGCAGAUGGCAACAGUAGAGGAGCAGCAACCGCUGCUCAGACCAAUUGUUGAAGAUGCUGAGGCGGAUGCAAAGCAUGACGAGGUGAUCUUGGACUUUGAGGCGGGAGACCCUGAAAACCCAAGGGAAUGGGAUCCAAAAUUUAAGUGGCUGAUUGUGUCUCUUCUUGCGUUUAUGGCGUUCACUGUAACAUUCACAUGCAUUGGUGUCGUCCCAAUUGCAGCCAGCAUAGUUGACGAACUUGAAGGCAAGCAUGCGAGCACAUCGACCAGCGCACUCCUGGUCACCAUUUGGGAACUCGGCGAAGCAGCUGGCCCUCUUCUCAUCGCGCCCCUCUCCGAAGUUUUCGGUCGCUAUCCUGUAAUGAACGGAUGCAACAUCGUCUUCAUCAUUGCAACUUUCCUCGCUGCUGGCAGCAAAAGCACUCGCCUCCUGAUCGCCGCACGAUGGCUCACUGGCUUCGCCGUCGCCUCGAACGUACUCAAUCCCAGUAUCAUUGGAGACAUCUUCGAAUCCGACCAGCGCGGCUCAGCAAUGAGUCUGGUCUCCCUCGCUCCUCUCAUCGGCGGUGCAAUUGGCCCAGCGAUUGCAGGUGCGAUCGCGCAAACCCUGGGAUGGAGACAAGUCCUUCUCAUGGCCGCAGGUCUAGCCGUCAUCGCCGAAAUUCUCUUCCUAACCUGCUUCCGCGAGACCUACAAAAUGGCCAUCCUUCACCAGCGCAUCGCGCGCAUCAAGCGUGAGAGCGGAGAGUUCAAAGCCGAACCCCUCGCGCCAAAGAGCAAGCACGAAGACCUCUUCAAGAUCUGGCACGCGCUCACGCGCCCCUUCGCAGUACUCUUCGGCUCCGGCGUACUGAUGGCGCUCUCGCUGCAAGCAUCCAUAUCCUUCUCCUUCUUCUACGUCAUGUCCAUCAGCCUCCCCUCCAUCCUGCAAGAAACCUACAACUUCAACCCCGCCGAGACAGGCGCAGCGUUCAUCAUCUUCAGCAUCGGAUCGCUUCUCAGCGUCUUCCUGUGCAAUGCUUUCCUCGACCGCAUAUACAUCACGCUCCGCAACCGCUCCACGCACCCAGACCAACGAAAACCAGAAUACCGCCUCCCGCUCACCGUCCUCGGCGCGGUCUUGCUGCCCUUCAGCGUCACGGCGUAUGGUUGGACCGCGCAGUACAAACUUCCUGUGCCGCUUCUACUCGCUUCUGUCGCGCUGCUGGAUUUUGCGCUGCUCACUAACAUCAUCCCAAUGCAAGCCUACAUCGUAGACGCCUGUGGCUUGUACUCGGCGAGCGCGAUGACGGGUGUUAUUGUCACGAGGUGCUUGAUGGGGACUUUCUUGCCGCUGGCUACGGGACCGCUGGCGGAAUACCUUGGGUACGGAUGGGGGUUCAGUGUGUUGGGGGCUGUGGCGGCGGUUGCGGCGGUGAUUCCGGUGGCCGUGUUGAGGUAUGGGAGCGAGUGGAGGCAGAGGAGCGAGUAUACGAGGGAUGCUUGAAAGUAUGGCACUGAUGCUGUUUUGGAUGGUGAUGAGGUUAUGAGCGAG